AUGCACAACCGAGCCGUUAACCGGAAUGAAACAGCAAAGGAGAACCAGGGCUAUGCCACGACUCAAGAGCCGCAGAUCACACCGACACCGCCUGCCUGUGUCUCCACACACACAGAGAACCCCCACUCACGACCCACCACUACCCAAGACAAAGAGUCACACUCAGAGGGCCUAUGCUCAACAUACGGCUGGCGGAGCCAAGAUGGACGCUCACCACGUUAA